CCUCAUCUGCCACAAUGUUUAAUAUUUAAUGCUAGCUGAUUUGUUCAAUAAUUGGGUGGGCAUCAUUUGUCCCCCAGAUAUUAUAUCAGUCCAUUGGGUAGGCAUGGUUUGCACAUCAUGUCCAUUGGAGCAUCAGCCAGGGCAUUUCCCUUUAGAUCCAUUGACUAGAGUGACAGAACAUAUGACUCAUAUGCAGAACACAUUUGUCUUGAAGAAGAGUUAAAAAUAUAUAAUGAACCAAGUCAAUGAAUCAAUGGAAAGUGAUACAUUCCUAGCUUUGUGUGUGAUAUCUAAUGGUUUAUAGCUUAUAGUUCAUUUACAUGUCAUCAGGUAAUGACAUUAAAAAAAAAUCCCUCUGAGGCCAUCUCUGAUUUUGUACUACUGACUAAUAAUGUACUCUUACAUUUCUUGUUUUUUUUAAAUAAGUUUUUAAAUGCUUCUAGUGUACCAUUUUUGAUGUCAUCAAAGGAAACACGCAUAAAACAGAACUAGCUCUAAUCUUUGUAUUUAGUGAAAUUUUCUUUGAAAAGCAUCAUUUUUUGUACACCCAUGUUUGUGUCAAAUUAUGAUCUGGAAAGAAAACUACUAUCCUAAAAUCUUCUUGAUUUCUGGGUAAUGUAGUCAAAGGAAAUGGCUGAGCAGUCCAACAAUCAUUCCUCUGACACCUUUCAAUAAUAAUAAUAAUAAUAAAAAUGCUAGAAAGGCUUUCUGGAGUCACAUUCAGGUUUGCAGAGUUUGCUGACAGGUGAAUGGCUUCUCAUGGGAGCGCUAAUCCUCAGGUUUCUUCAUCUGUGUUUGUCCGUCACUCAUGUGCCUCCAGACAAACCAAAGGCGUAUUUAACUGAAACUCAAUGACAUGCAGAUGCGAUCUGUGCUGAAUUUGUAUGCAAAGCAUCGAUGUGAUUCCUAUCAUGCAGGGCUGAAUGACAUAUCCAUCAUUUUCAUGUAAGGCAAAGGAUAUGAAAAGCACACUCGCAAGAGUACGGGUGCAUUAAUUUCCAUUCUUUCUUGCACAGCCAGUACGUGGUUUGUAGUUAUGCUUAUUGAUGAUAUGCAAAUGUUUUGGUAAGACGCUGGACAGCAGGCGCGAUCCAUUCCCCCAAACGCAAUCCGCUCCUGGUUUUGCUCCUCUUGCCUUCAACGCAGCGUGUGUGUCUGUGUGUAUACCUUCCCUGACUCUCAGCACUCCAGCAUUGCUGUGCAAGCAGAUGUUCUGUCCUCCGAUGCCAAUUCUUACGAUUUUCGCAUUUGGAGAAGGUAUCCUUGCAGGCGAAGGCUGCAAAGUGACGGGAACAAGCAGAAACUGCAGCCGUUCUCCUCCUCCUUCUCCUCCUCUUCGGCUCGGCGACACAGAGAGAGUUGUGAACGGCUUUGGAGAGAUACAGUAGAAGCUACAGUAAGAACCGGGGCGAGCACAAGGCAGCAGUUUCCUCCACCACACCUGUGAUGCGUUGUUCUGAGCAACGGAGACGCACGAGCUGGAUGCUGAUGGCCACGGCGCGGCACGAGGAUACAUACUGAGGCAAAAAAAGACACUUAUUAACGAAGAAAGCCCUAAAAGUGCAUCAGAGGACACUCUACGGUCUUGAAAAAGAUUUUUCCGUCUUUGUUUCUCCGCUGCUCUCUUUUUCAUUGAAACUUAAGUGAUUAAAACAGCUUAAAGAUGCCCUUACCUCCGGGCCCCUUUGUCCGCUGCGGCUUCAGCGCUGCGCUUCUUCUGCUCGGGCUCAUGUUUGCUGGCAUCACCUCCACUGGUGGUUCAGAGCAUCCGGCCACGGCAGCGCUUCCCGCCGCGUUCUCGGACCUCCUGCCUCACUUCCUGGUGGAGCCUGAGGACGAAUACAUCGUGAAGAACAAGCCCGUGACCCUGUCCUGCCGCUCGACCCCGGCCACACAGAUCUACUUCAAGUGCAACGGAGAAUGGGUUCACCAGGACGACCACUUGAUUGAGCGAACUGUUGACCCAGCCACAG